AUGGUUAUCCAAUGGAUCGACACAGAAGGGCCCAGAGUGCCCACCACACUGCCAAGAUUGAUCAAGUCUUACAUCGACCCCAAAGACCCCUCCAAAGCAGCCCACAACAUCCUGCGGCUAGCGCACCUCCUCCUCUUAUCAAACCACUUGACCGAGGCCCACGAAAUUGCCUCAGGGGUAUUCAGACUGGGAAAAAAUCUCAUCGAAAGAGACGAUAAUCGGGUUGAUCUCCCGCUAUACACACCUAUCUCCCUAGAAAUCUUCUGGCAAGAACACCAAGAAGCGUUCCCACGACCAGAAGACGCCCCAAAGCCCAAUCGCGGCCCACUUGCAACAUACCUAGCAAAAGAACAAUGGGGCAAAUAUCGCGAAUGCACCCGUACAGGCUGGAUGCUUGAUCGUUACGGGCUCGCUGAGCCGGAAGACCCAUUGAUCUGGCGCGAAACAGAUGAUCCUAAGAUGUUGGCGAUGUGUGCUCGCUUGCUAGCAAAAACGACUACGCCAGGAACUUAUCCGCCACAGGAUAGAAUGCGAGAAGCCCUCGCAGCUGGACAGAAGCUUUAUGCUAUGCCUGAAAUUCCAAUUGAACAUUGGUUGUUGAAUAGACCUGAAAACAGCCAGAGACAGUGUUGGCUUUUGUAUCGACGGCUUAUUGUAGAGAUGGCCAUUCGAGUGGGAGAACAGCAGACUGCGGCGGAUAUCUUGGGUCAGGCGUUGAGGGUGGAUGGAUUUGCGAAUGGGGGUACAUUGGGGGAAUUUCUUAUGGUUCCUGGUAUAUAUGAUGUUUUGCCUUUGUUGGCUCGGGGUGGGAAGGAAACUAAUCCGUUUUUCAUUCCCAAGGCGGAUGCCGAGGUCAUGGUGAAGAAGAUUCUUGAGGCCUUGGAGCUGCGGGCGAAGCAUGGCAGGCAAUGGGCGCUGGACGAAUCGAAAGUUGGAUGGAAGGAGCUUUUGAAUCGACUUGCGGAGGGUGCAUUCAAGACGCAUCCUAAGGAAUAUCGGGCUAUGGGUGUGAAGACUGCAGAGGAAAUUUUGUAUGAUCCUGCCACGGAGAAGGAGAUUAAGGCAGCCGAGAAAAAGGUCGGAAAACUGCCGGAUGAUUUGAAAGACAUGGUCCGAGUGGCGAACGGAUUCCAGGGUGGAUGGCAUCUUUUCGGGGGAGGCAUAGCCGGUAUUCAACAUAUUGGUUUUGACGACGGAGAUGCAGAGAACUCAUGGGAUAGCCUUACCCAGGAAGAUGACGAAAUCCUCGAUUCCAGUGACUUGAUUGAGCUUCAAUCAGGGUCAGAGAGUGAUGGGUUCUAUCAUUAUUACAUGCGGCCUACGGCAUGGAAUGACGACGAAAAGAUCAAAGACAAAAGGUAUAGAUACUGGCAUUGGGCGCCUUGGAUGGGUAGCAUUGCCCGGUAUAACUCAGUGAGAGACUAUGUUGCAAGCUGCGUGGAAGAGGUAGAGGAAAUGCUUGAGCUGGGCGAGAAAGAAGAAUACCAAUUAGAGGACGAAAGCCAAGAAGAGGAUUAA